AUGAAUUUCUCAACAGCAUCUCCGUCGACAGCGACCGUAUCCGCUAACGGUGCGACCAGCCCCGAGAAUUUGUCGCGUCUUGUGGGCAUUAUCGUUGUCGCAUGCUUGGGUUUCGUCAUAUUUCUAACGUUUGGUGUGCGUCUCGGAAUUCGGACGAAACUGAAAGCACGCAGCGAAGCUCACGUACCAACAGGUGUGGGGGCCAGCAAGAAAAUGAAGCAGCUCAUAGAAAGUGAGCUGAACAGAGUAAGUCGAAUUGUUCUGGAACCUUUGGUAUUAGAUGAUGGCAGUCAGCAGGUUACACAUGAUGGUCAAUGGCGGCAUAAAAUUAUAGAUGCAGCCACCGCACUAAAUCGUGAUUUGUACUGUUGUAGUAGAAAGACUUGGUUUAGGCCACCUUCAAAGUCAAUGGAGGAGCAUUUGAAAGAUUUAGAAGCUCAGGAUCUAUUGCUAACUGAAUUUCAAGAUUGGAAGAAGUUAGCUCAUCUCUACAAUAAGGCUCGGUUUGGACACGAAGUGUGCACUGAAGACGAAUUUGUUCAAAUGGAAAAUGUCAUCUCAAAAUUAAAGAGAAGACUGCAGCUGACAGUUCCUGGAGACCAUGAUGACAGAGAAAAUUUAAAUUUUGAAUCUGAUGUUGAUAUGAAAACUUUUUCAUCUCGAAGCAGACAUGUGAAUAGACGAUUUAGUGAGAGUUCGGUGUAGGAGUACGUAC